AUGACUGCCAUCAAUGUGCUUCCGCAGACUCAGCGGGCAUUGAAGAUUGUCGGGCCCAAUGCCGUCUCUGUGAACUCUUCCGCCCCUCUGCCAGAUAUUGAGCCAACAGACAUCCUUGUCCGGGUCAUCUGUGUCUCUAUCAACCCGGUCGAUGGCAAAGCAGCAGACAUGUCACCACAGCUCGGAGCUACGAGCGGCACCGACUUCUCUGGUGUUGUCGUCGCUCUUGGCGCAGAUGUCGAGGCGGAUGAUUGGAGGGAACGAAACAACAUGAAUUCCGUCAAGAUUGGAGACCGUGUGUUUGGAGGAGUCUUUGGCAACGACCCGCUGAGACCUCAUAAUGGCGCGUUCGCCGACUAUGUUGCGGUCCCGGCACGCCUUGUCUGGCACAUCCCGGAUGGUAUAGACUUUGCAACCGCCGCAACUAUGGGUGCCGCGAUUGCUACGGUCGGGUUGUCACUGUUCAACUACUUGGGACUUCCGCUGCCAUCCAAGACGAGCAGCAAUGGCGCUUCCAGCAACAAGCCGGCAGUUCUGGUGUACGGUGGAGGCACGGGUACCGGUUCCAUGGCCAUCCAGGUUUUGAGAGAGGCUGGACUGCCAGUCAUCACGACAUGCUCGGCUGCCUCUUCCAAACACGUUCUUCAGCUAGGGGCUGAGGCUUGGUUCGACUACAAGUCACCCACCUGCGGCGCUGAUAUCCGAGAGCAUACCAAUGACUCUCUUGCUUUUGCGUUGGACUGCAUUACGGACACUGUGUCUAUGGGAAUUUGCUAUGAAGCACUGGGCUCUGCUGGCGGACGAUACGUCGCUCUGGAUGCCUUCCCUGUUCGAGGUCACACGCGUCGCAGCGUGAUACCGGAGUGGGUUUGCACACCUACACAGUUUGGCAAGGCCAUUCGCUGGACACCCCCCUAUGAUCUUGAGCCCCGACCAUAUGAUCUCAAAUGCGCUGAGCUCUGGUACGUGGUUGCGCAAAGGUUGAUUGACCAGGGUCUCAUUGCGCCUCAUCCGCUGGAAAAGAGAAGCGGCGGACUGGCUGCUGUUCCUGAGGGUAUGGAGGAGGUGCGAAGAGGUCAAAUCAAGGGAAAGAAAUUGGUUUAUACUAUUGUUGACAGCGAGCCUAUUGCUGCGUCGGCUUAA